GUUCAACAGACAUGUUUCUCAAGCCUGUACAGUGAACAUUAUUUGACUUCACGCUUUCAGUUAUACUAUAUUAGUAAUCUUUCAACUGAGUAAUUCAAAACGUAUUUUUCUUCUUCUAUAUAUUUCGGAUAUUUCCGGGGCGGAAACGGGCUUGUUAUUUAAGAGCAGAUAUCUUUAGCUGUGUUGUUGGAUAACACUAGCAGCAGCAUUAUGACAGCUGUGUACUAGCAACUCUUCAAAGGGGUCACAUUAAAGAGAGGCAUUUAUUCUAGCAUAGUAUGCCUUUGAUAUAAACGGCGCGAUAAAAAGCGUUUACUAUGGCAGCGCUACUUUUGCAGCGUGGAAGUAUUUGUUAUGGCAAACGCGUUUGGUCGCCGUCGACGCGUUUCAGCUAUUUCAAACUGCUCGAGAGCAAUCUGACGUCAAAUCAAUUAGUGACUCAAUCCAAACGGGGGCUGAAAUCAGGAUACAUUCAGAACAUCUUGAUAAAGCCUCUGAGCCCAAGGCUAAUUGGACUUGGGCUCCAUUGUGGACACAAUCUGGCCACAAAUCAUGUGAGAUUGUGGAAACUAUUAGGUGCUAUAAAUUAUUUCAGCACAUCCAACACAAGACAUGAAAAGAAAGAUGGUGGGAAAGGGAAAACCCCUGAGGAAGAUGAAGAGGAGAAGAAGAGACGCGAACAAGAGGAUCAGAUGUACAGGGAGCGUCUGCGCACACUCUUUAUUAUCGCGGUCAUCAUGAGCUUGCUCAACUCUAUCAACACCAGCGGCGGGAAUAUAUCCUGGAAUGAUUUUGUAAAUGAAAUGUUGGCCAAAGGGGAGGUGUCGCGAGUGCAGGUGGUUCCAGAGAGUGACAUUGUUGAGAUCUACCUUCACCCUGGUGCAGUCAUCUUCGGCAGACCUAGACUUGCUCUGAUGUACCGAAUGCAGGUGGCCAACAUCGACAAGUUUGAGGAGAAGCUUCGAGCAGCAGAGGAAGAGUUGAAUAUAGAUACCAAAGACCGAAUACCAGUGACCUACAAGCGCACAGGCUUCUUUGGGAAUGCACUGUAUGCACUUGGUAUGGCUGCCAUUGGGGUUGCAAUCCUGUGGUACAUUUUCCGUUUGGCAGGGAUGGGUGGCAGAGAUGGCGGCUUCAGUGCAUUUAAUCAGUUGAAAAUGGCUAAAUUCACUAUUGUCGAUGGGAAGUCUGGGAAAGGUGUCAGCUUCAAAGAUGUUGCAGGAAUGCAUGAGGCCAAGUUGGAAGUGAAGGAGUUCGUAGACUAUCUAAAGAAUCCAGACAGAUACCUUCAGCUUGGGGCCAAAGUACCAAAGGGCUCUCUGCUCCUGGGACCUCCCGGGUGUGGAAAGACUCUGCUGGCGAAGGCGGUGGCAACAGAGGCUAAAGUGCCUUUCCUUGCUAUGGCAGGUUCAGAAUUUGUGGAGGUGAUUGGAGGCCUUGGCGCUGCAAGAGUGCGGAGUCUGUUCAAAGAGGCCCGUGCCCGAGCACCCUGCAUCGUCUACAUCGAUGAGAUUGAUGCUGUGGGAAAGAAAAGGUCCACCAACAUGUCUGGCUUCUCCAACUCUGAGGAAGAGCAGACCCUCAACCAGUUACUCGUGGAGAUGGAUGGAAUGGGCACCACAGAUCAUGUGAUUGUCCUGGCUUCCACUAAUCGUGCGGACAUUUUGGACAAUGCCCUUAUGAGACCAGGCAGACUUGAUAGGCACAUAUUCAUAGACCUGCCAACACUUCAGGAGAGAAAGGAGAUCUAUGAGCAACACUUGAAAAUCCUGAAGCUUACUCAACCGGCAGACUUCUACUCCUUGCGUCUGGCCGAGUUAACACCAGGAUUUAGUGGGGCUGAUAUCGCCAACAUCUGCAAUGAAGCUGCCCUUCAUGCAGCCAGAGAGGGCUACAAGUCCAUUGACACCUUCAACUUUGAAUAUGCUGUGGAGAGAGUCAUCGCAGGCAGUGUAAAGAAGAGUAAAAUCUUAUCUAAAGAGGAGCAGAGAGUUGUGGCCUUCCACGAGUCUGGACAUGUUUUAGUGGGGUGGCUGCUGGAACACACAGAAGCCGUCAUGAAGGUCUCAAUAGCUCCCAGGACAAAUGCUGCAUUGGGUUUUGCUCAGAUUUUGCCAAAGGAUCAGUAUCUGUUCACUAAAGAGGAGCUGUUUGAGAGGAUGUGCAUGGCUUUGGGUGGUCGAGCGUCUGAGGCAAUCACCUUCAACAAGGUCACCACAGGUGCUCAGGAUGAUCUGCGAAAGGUGACGCGUGUCGCCUACUCUAUGGUGAAGCAGUAUGGCAUGGUAGCGAGUGUGGGCCAGGUGUCCUUCCCAGACUCUGAAGAUCAGGGUGGAAUUGGACGGAGACCCUUCAGUCAAGGCCUCCAACAACAGAUGGACCAUGAAGCUAAGCUGCUGAUAGCACAAGCCUACAGACUCACAGAGAAAUUGCUCUUGGACAACAGAGACAAACUCAUUCUGCUGGCUAAUACCUUGCUGGAGAGAGAGGUGGUGAACUAUGAUGACAUCGAGGCUCUGCUCGGACCUCCUCCAUUUGGACCCAAAAAGAUGAUCGCCCCUCAAAGCUGGGUGGAGGCCGAGAGGGACAAGCAAGACACGGGUGAAGAUGAGCAUAGACCUCAGAGACCCCACCACAAAGACAAUAAGGAAGAUGAUGUCAACCUGAGCCCAGCAUGAGCUCUAAAACACACAAACACAGUCCCAGUGUAAGUCCAGGGGUGGUGUCUGACCGAGACACAAUGGCAAGAUGUGUGCGUAGUUUAUCUUCUAGGCUGAUAAUAUUGGCCCGCAAUUAUAUUGUAGAUAUCUUUAGGACAUUUGAAUAAGAAACAAAUGCCUCUUAUAAGCAUCAACUGUUUUUCUCAAUACCAAACUUCUCUCUAAAUGAGUAGAUACGGACUGUAGAUAUUGCCCAAAAUAGAACAGUUUCUGUAUUAAAAACUUUUUUUCUGCUUUUUGAGCUUAAGUGCAUUUAAUUGAGAUAUUGGUGUUCUUAUUAAGACCAGCUCUUAGGGAUUGUUUGACCAGAUGUGCAUUGCGAGAUGAGAUAAUGUGCUGAGAUCAUGUCUGAUUUGAAUAAAUGUUCAGAAACAUAAAUUAUAUCCUGUAAUAUUAAAUUUAUGCUGAAUGACUAAGUGUUUUUGUUUUUCAUUAAGCUAUAUUGCUCUGAAAAUGUAUUAAACAGUGAUGAUUCUUCUUAAAGGAAUAGUUCACCCAAAAAUGAAAAUUCUCUCAUCAUUUACUCACCCAAAUGCCAUCCCAGAUGUGUAUGACUUUCUGUUUUCUGCAGAACUCAUACGAAGAUUUUAUAAAGAAUAUUUAAGCUCUGUAGGUCCAUACAAUGCAAGUGAAUGGUGACCGGAACUUUAAAUCUUCAAAAAGCACAU